AAUAUUUAAAUCCAUACAAAGAAAAUGACAAGGUUAUGACGAUGUUAUUUUCUGAUAUAGAAGUGCCUUACAUUCUAGGUAUUUCUCUGUUUGUCUGUCUUUCUGAGAUGUUGGAUGUGUUGAUAGUUGGAGCAGGUCCUCAUGCUCUCAUUCUGGCUACCCUGCUCUUGAACCCCCAGCAGCAUGUCAGCUCCUCCAAUGCAGAAAUCCUCCAGGGGAUACAGCUCAGCAAGACGAAUUCCAAGACUGGACGGACCAAGAGCAAGAGGAGAUCUGUUGAUACACUGUCAGAACUGCACAAAGACCCACAAUGCCUACAGUGUCCCCAUGUGAACUUCAAGGUGGUGGAUUCUUAUGGAGAAUGGGCUUCCCUGUGGGAGAGCCAGUUCACUGCCCUCAAUAUCCCUCACCUUCGCUCACACAUGCUGGUACACACUAACCCUCUCAAUAAGAAAGCCUUGCAAGAGUUUGUGCUGGCGGAGGAUCGUGUAGCUGAGCUUCACUCCCUCCCUGAGAGGGUCUACAUUCAGGAUAAGAAUGCCUUCUUUAAUGACGGACGCCUUGGCAAGCAAAACAGGAAGCUUCUCAGCGCUGCUCGAGGCCUGCAGAGAAACUUAUAUUUUAGCCUGCCAGGAACUCAGCUCAGUGUGGACUUCUUCAAGGAGCAGGUGCGCAGGUACCAACUGGACCAUGUCCUCAUUAAAGGCACUGUGGACAGAAUUACUCCACUUCUCUCUGAAAAACAAAAGAAAGUUGAAUUCUUUCGAGUGACUCUAGACACUGGGGACACUCUUGAGGCCAAAAGAGUGGUGCUAGCCACAGGACCCACCAGAGAACAGAUGGCAAAUAUCCCUCCAUGGGUGAGAGCAAUUGCAGAGAAUUACCCUGAAGAGCGGUUGCAGCACACGGUGGAACUGAUGCACCUCCUUUCGCAACACAAAGCUAAAGGCAGUCACCUCACAGGCCCACCUGCUGUAUGCCAUAGUAACCAGAGAGUAAUGGUAAUUGGUGGAGGCCUGACCAGCGCCCACAUCAUCUCCAUGGCUCUGCAACAAGGUGCAAGUCAAGUGACCUGGGUCUUGCGCAAACAUGUACAGCUCAAACAGUUUGAUGUUGGAGAUGUGGAGAGUCUGAUCGGCCGCUACUCGCACAUUGAGCACGGUAUCAAGCUGGAUGGCCUGGCCUACCUGCGGCAGUUCUAUGGAGAGAGGAGUCUUCACAGGAGGCUAGCAAUGAUCAAACAGGCUCGCAAAGGAGGAGCCGUGACACCGGAGGCGUAUGCACACCUGCAGCCUUUCAUUCAGUCAGGGCAGCUGCUUGUCAAGGCAUACUGCCAGGUGACUGAGGCAGCGUGGUGCUAUGAAACUCAGACGUGGAAGGUCUCCCUUUGUGAUGGUGAAAAAUGGACCGGUGACAGGAUCUGGCUUGCAACCGGCUGCAAGCUGGAUGUUAAUCAAGACCCCUUACUCUCAGACAUCAAGAAGCAUUUCCCAAUUCAGGUGCUUGAAGGAUGGCCGUGCAUAUCAGAGACACUCCAGUGGGCUCCUGGAUGUCCUGUUUACCUGAUGGGACAGUAUGCAGCGCUUCAGGUUGGUCCCCAUGCUGUGAACCUCGCAGGAGGCCAGGCGGCAGCUUUGCGCAUUGCCAAGGAUAUCAUAGAUGAACACGGCAGUGAAGAACAGAACACUGAAACCACCAAAGUGGAAAAGUCACGAACUGAAGAGUACAUUUCCCACAUGCAUGGCCUCAUGUGGCUAUGA